CAUUCGUUUCAGCGAUACAAACCAGUUCACCGUGAGUUCUCUUAGUAAUUGUUACGCCAGAAAGGAAUGUUAAAUAUUUCUUUAGUAAAAAGCAAGAAAAAAAGUACUUUGAAAAUGUAUGACGCGCGUUGAUACAGUAAAACAGAGUUUACGAAUACGAAAUUGAGCCAAUAAUUUUUAGAGAAGAAAAAAAAAUCGGCUCAGUGCGCAUAAAAUGCAAUUGAAAGAUAUGCAUUUAAAUAAAACAAACAAACAAACUAAGCAACAAUUGUAAAGUGAAAACUGGCGGAACCGGUUACUUGUUGUUGAAGUGAACGACAACAGCAAUAAAAGUGAUUUAUUGCUUGAAACAUAAAAAGUGACAGAAUUACAAAGCAGCCGAAGUGUGUUUUGUAGGAAACUACGAGAAAAGUAGUUAAAAAUAAUAAAGGCUCAAAGUAAAAUUAGCAAGUGUAAACUUAAAAAGUAAACGGCUUUAGAAAAAGUGAUUCUAAAAACACUAAGAAAAAAACCCAAAAAAAGGAACGGUGAAAAAAAAAACAGUUUUAUAAAUUUGCAAAAAAUACAUUUUUUUGCAUAACUUCCCCUACAUCUAACUGCAUAUGGAAACUAUGACUUCAACACUGCUGCAACAACACGCUACACAAACAGCAACAACCGCAACGCACCAUUAUCAGCUUCGUAGCCAUCAUCAUCAUCACCACCACCACCACCAUUUGCAUUCGCACCAACACUCACGUCAUCACAAGACGACGCCGACGCCAACGCCAACAGCAACAACCACCCAGGCCGCCGCCGUCGCCACUGUAGCCGCCGCUGCCAUGGCUUGGUCAACUGAGAAAUUACGAUUCUCCUGCGUGGAUAAUAUUGGUUUGCGACAGCUAUGGAAAUUGAUUGCUUUGGAUAGCACUAGUAACAGUAGAACGAAUAGUCCACCACCAACAACAACAACAACAACAACCACUGCUAGUAUCGCUAACGUUGCCGAUGCGAGUGCCGCAAUGCAACACAGUAAUUGCAAUAAUAAUAAUAACAACAACAAAACCUGUGUGGAUGAUUUGCAACAAAUGCAACUAAAGAAAACCCAACAGAAUUGCCUUAGCAGCAACAACAAUAACAACAUUAAUGAGAAAAACGACUUUGAAAAUUAUAUGGCCGACUAUUUAAGUCAACGUGAUAUAUUACCGCCACAUCGCAUGUCAUUGCUGAAAUUUCUGGCCAUCGUAAGUAUUUAAGCAUACAUUGCAAAUGUUUUUUAUAUCAAUAUUUUUGUUUAACUACAAUAAAUAUUAACACAGUAAAUGCAAAAAUUUUCCAUACUUAAAAACAACAUUAAACAAUACGUCAUACACGCUCGCUCGCGCCAAAGAAAUAAGUUGCGUAUAUAAAAAAAAAAAUUUAAAAAAAAAAUACAACAGCGCGCGGGAAAAUCGAUUAAAACUGUAAUUUUAUUGCUAGGGGCGUUGUUUUUGUUUUGAUUUUUAUAAGUGUGUAUGUAUUUGUUUGCUUCUUUAACUUGAACAAAAAUCAGUUCAAAAGCAGAAGGUAAACAUUUUUCUUUAUAAACAAUUGUAGUUCAAGUAUUUGCGUUGAAAGAAAGCGUCAGUGAAACAAAGCAAAUUGCAAUAAAAAUGUUUAAAGCAAAAUGAAGUGGGAAAGAAAAACACUAAAUGUCAAGCAAUAAGGGCACUAACUUCCUGCUUUAAAACAAUAAAAUCUGCUUAAAACGCCAAUCCUACCCCACCGCAAAUUACCUUGCUCGCGACAGAGUUGCCAUAAUUUCCUUUAACAUAAUCACUUCUCAACGCUCUAAAUUGUUGUCAAUGAAACAACGCAGUCAUUUCCGUUUAUUGUAGGAUUUCAAAAAAAAAACUAGACGGUUGUAAACUUUGAACAAAAUAUUCAAAUCGAUAACCCUACUACAUACGCUUAUGUCAAUGCCUUAAUCACGAAGGCGUAUGGUGUUGUUAACGCGCGCAAAUAUUUCAUCACACAUAUGGUUUUGUGUUUCUUUUACAAGCGUGGACCAACAUGUAGAACUGGGCGCCUAAUCUGUGUUCUUUAUCAGCACUUUUCGCACAAAUUUAUUGAUAAACCAUCUUUGAAUCGCAAUAAUUCCGUUAGCUACAAGCAUUUUUGCAGCAAUUAAUUGCGGCACUAAUUGUUGUUCAUUGACAUUUAUUGACUGACAAUCGGUCGAGUGAUAUAAUGCGGCAGUUAAAUUUUUGCGUCAUUUUGCAAAAAAAUAUUCCCGAAAAAGGAAAAAAUUUAAAACAAAUGAGGUUAAAUUAAAGGUUAUGUGGCUGAAGUGGAGUGAAUGAUGUAUACAUAGCACGCAUUCAGCACGUGAAAGAUUUUCGCUUUGAAGGCGGCAUUAAACAAGAAAGGCGGAAAGAAGGAAACAAAAGAAGCACAGGAAAUUUUUUAAAACUUUUGAACAUCUGUUAGUCGUUAAUUUUUGUAGCCAAUUCAGUUUUGUUUUAAUAAACAAAAGUACUAAGCACUAUUUGCAUUUCAUUGCCUCUAUUUUGCAC